CCGUGUCAGUCUGGGGUGGUGAGGGCGGAAGAGUGAGACGCUGUGAAUGACUGACCAACACUAAGCCUAUAUGAUUUCAGGUCCCUAUCUUUUUUCCCUCUAUGAGGUUUAGAAGGCUGAUUCUAUUCUUUGUGGAUAUGAAAGUUGUUCAUGAGGAAGCCAGGCUGUGGACCCAUUGCUGCUGAAGAUGACUCAGAACAUGUUCCAAGAAGGGCUGUACCAUGUUUUUUUUAAGGACCGCACCUCGGGCCACCCACUCACUGUAACCACCAAUAAGGAAGAAUUUAAAGAUGUGCGGAUUGGACGCUGGUUUGGGACAGUUGUUAACACCCGCCUCCUUGUCACUGGGGUUUUGCAGGUCUUUGGUGCCCUGGCCUCCAUCCUAACCACAGUAACCUAUGCCUGCGUGAGCUUCAACUGUUCCGUCUCCUUGACUACACCAGUCUGGUCCGGCCUGUUUUAUCUGGCCACUGGAGGGCUGGCAAUGGAAGUUCAGAGGAAACCCAACAAACUCAAUGUGACCACACUGAUAGGCCUGAACAUCUUCAGCCUACUGCUGGGGUGCUGUGCUCUGCUGGCCUACAGCCUCAUCACUACACAGGCUAAAGCACUCUACACAGACCAACAGCGUGCGGGUGUGUACAUAGCGAAGGGCAGCUCUAUCAUGUUCACAGUACAGUGUCUGCUGGCCUCUGUCUACACUCUCUUCCUGUCCUGGAGAGGUCUACGACGGUACAGCGGCCCCCACACUCAGACCUAUAACCUUCUAGCACAGGGCCCGGAUGAGGACACUAAUGAGGCCCUAAUGGAAACAGGAGAAUUCAGCCUUUAAACCAGCAGACCUAUGCGUGUGUGUGUGUGUGUGUGUGUGUGUGUGUGUGUGUGUGUGUGUGUGUGUGUGUGUGUGUGUGUGUGUGUGUCUGUUUGUGUGUGUGUGCACAUGUGUGUAUUACACACUAUCUUAAGACAUUCAUUUGAUGAGGAUGUCAAAGAAUAUGCAAAAUUAUGUACCAUACUAACAUUGUAUUUUAUUCCUAUGACAUAAAAUAGAACAUCGACAAUCUAUCCCAUUUUGUCUAAGUCACUGAACUUCAACAAGACCAAUUGAAUUGUAAAUGUGUACACAUCUAUCCAGGAAAAAGAUAGUCUAUAUAAAGUACCAGUCAAAAAUUUGGAUGCACCUACUUAUUGAAGGGAGAGAGAAUACAGUAGACGGCACGCGUCAAACGUUUGAUUUAUGACUCUAUGUCCGGAUGAUGUGUGCAUGCCCAUAUUUGGGCAUCCGGUCAGGACAUCCUGGCGGGAAGUUAUCACGUGCUCUAGGGAGUGCCCAUAUUUAGGCAUCCGGUCAGGACAUCCUGGUGGGAAGUUAUGUGGUUAUGCCCAUAUAACGAUAUCCUUUUCCUGUUGUCACGUGUUAGAGUGUGUGUUAAUUUAUGCAUAUAUUGCAUCUAUUCCUUUGAAGUUGUCAUGAUGAUUGAUGUGUAGGGACCUCGUUGAACUGGGGGGGGGAUGUGUUUGAACAUUUCAAAGAGGAUGGCCCCACAGCCCCUAUUUUAUUGCCCUUAGGGCUGUUGUCUAUGAAACAGGAAUGUCCGGGGGUAUUGUGUGGGGGCAGACGCAUUAUAAAUAAGACCCAGAACAACACAAGUGACCACGAUAAACCACUAAAGAAAUUAAACAUGGAUUUUGUGAUCAGUGGCAAAGCAGUGAUGACCGUAACAACGGAAGCAGGACCCUGGUUGAAACAUAGAAAAAGGUCUGAGUAUAAAGCAACAAUAUACGAUGCGACAAAAAAGCGGUUUCUAAAUGUGUAUAGAACCCAAAUACUGCCAGCAACUGCGCUGAAAGAUCAAGUGAUGAUGUCUAAUGGACAGCAAUGGGGUUAUCAGUUUGAUUACCAGGCCUGUAGAGUGAAACUCUAUACUGUAGCCGAAGGAGAAGAAAAUACAUACCAGACUUUAGGAGUGGACUACGGGUAUGAAGACUGGCAAGUUUUUUGCAAGGUGGUGUGUCCCGAACUGAGAGUUAUCACAAAGGGGUAUAGCGUGUUCACGGGCUACGAAACCCGUUGGGAAGGUGCCCUUGACUCCUCAGGAAGAGUAUUUCACAGGGUGAAAAUACAAAGAAAGAAUGGACUUCCAUGUGGGUGCGUGGAGUUCUAUAUCAGCAACGAGGAAACCCGCAACCAAAACAUUCAUGAUGGUGGCCUGACUGGGGAUUUUAGGUUGCACAUGCUUAAUCCUUUUAAAAGUUGGGAUCUAAUGGAAUUGAAAAUGUUAGAGUUGUUGGACGCUCUUUUUGUACAGAGCCAACAACGGCAGAGCAUUGUUCGGCUAAGGAAGUGCAUAAUAUAUACGAAUCCUGAGGAUUAUGAUUCAAAGGAACCCCAAGAAGUGUUAUCCUCAGAAGGGUCAGCCCCCGAAGAAAACUAAGUACGCGGCUGCGUUAACCACACCCUGAUACCAAAGGACUGGUUCAACAAUAAAAGGGGUGACCAUAAAGCCUCCGGUUCUUCAUUUCAGCAUAUACCACAUACCACGACUCCGAUACGUCAUGGGUGCCAGACCCUAAGGACUCUAUGCCUCGCAGCCCACCAUUCUACUCCCCCGACACCCCCUACAUGUACACAGCCUGAGGAUGUGUUUGAUGGGGUGGUUAGUACUAUUUUAGUGGACACCAUCAAGGCCUCUGUAGCCACACUUUUAGAUGUGGUAAUUGGAGAGUGUAUAAGAGAAAAAUGCAUCGGUUGUGAGAUCAAUCACCCCAGCCAAUGACGUCAUCCGUGUUUAUACGAACCCCCAAGGUACUACUUCUUCAACCAUUUUGAGGAGCUGGUGAAAAGACUUUGGUCCAGCCGGUUUAUACCUUCGCUGGUCAGAGCCCUGGAGUCUAUGGUCUUGUGCCGUCUAUUCCCAGAGUUUACGGGGUAACCGAGGCUUUCGUACAUGAACUGAAGGAGGCAAUCUACAUCCACGAGAAACUCAAAGAAAUCCGACACACCCUGGUGGACGACAACAAAUACAAGGAAGCUGUGGUGGCUGAUGUGUUGACUUUCUGGCUCAAUAAACCGCAAGAGACUGAGUAACAAUACAUAUUUUUAUUUAGAUGUAAAGCAAUGGGUAACUAUAUGCAUACGAUGUUAGAGAGAAUAAAUCAUUUGUUUCUUUUGAGAGAACUUACAAAUGUUAUGCAGCAAAUUAUUUAAAAUAAAGUGAACAAUGUAUUGUUCUACACAACACACAAUACCUGGGUUAAUGCAGAGCGUGUGCAAAAAAUGGAGCAAAUCAUGAAUCAUGUACGACAUACGGGCGAGAGCCUACAAUGGACACAACUGGUAUCCCGUCUUGUGGAUGAUUCUGAAGAACGAGAAACAACCUCGUCUAAGAUUUUACUUUAUUUGUUUGAAUACACCGUUUAAUUGUAACAUGUAUCAUAUUUGUUGUUUAUAUACUUAUAUAGCGGAUGUGUGUGUUUUAAAAAUUCAGCGACACAAGCCUGUAAAUCUAAACCAAAUAUACAGGGUGUUGCAUGCUUGGAUCGUUCAGAAAACGGGGACUAGUAUCCUGCUACGAAUCCUGAAUUGUCUGUAUACAUAAUACUUGAUGUUUGCAAAAAUAAAACAUCUAAA